AUGCCUGACAAUUCUCCCGAUUGUGUUCCAUUGAAGGCUCGGGUUUGGGAUAAGAGCAAAAACGACUGGCGGGAAGAGACAAUCACGACACCUCAACUUCAUGGCGCAACCGAACUUCCUAUCCUCCAAUCCGACUCACACGUGGUAGUAAUCUUCGCCGACGCAGACAAGAUCCGCGAGUGCAAAUCGUGUCGCCGAUGUUUCACCACCCAAUUCCAGAUGCCACAGCUCUGGUGGUCAAACUACGCUAAAAAGUCCAACGGCCACUUUGGAUGCGAGACAUUUAGAGAUAAAGACGGCAUUGUUACAUCACUCAAUGCAUGGUCACGGUACCUCGUCAAGCAGUUACAUGAAGGCGGGCAUUCCUGGUACAAGUUUAACACACUUACCAGAUGGAUCGCCUCAUCUCACCAGACAAUUCUUCUCGUUUUUGAAUCCGAAAAGCAGUCGAAGCUCACUGAGCUCAUCCCCAACGGGAUGCUCGACGGCUCCCACACCGAACCUCACCACGACCCCUUCUGGGUCCACGUCCGACUUCUUGAAGAGCUCUCGGAUCUACAGAACAAUGCCGUUUGGACGGUGAGGACCGAAAUUCGCAAGGUCGAGAAGAAGAAGCAGCGCAGUAAGCCAGACCCCGACUACAGGGGUCUACACGACCUCGCAAGACACGCCAUUCACGUCUCCGAAACCCUCGAUGUCUGCCUCAAGACAGUCAAAUCCAUUGUCGAACAACACAAGACUUUGGAGGAAGAACAAUGGUUUGGCGAGCAGCCAAGGAAGGGGAGCUUCCGACAAGUCCGCGAGCGCCUGUUCUGGUACGAGCACACCCUCGAAAGCCUCAAAUCUCGAGCCCUCUCCAACAAAGAGCGCCUCAUCAACGAGAUACAACUCUCCUUCAACCUAGUCGCGCAGUACGACUCGGCCAUCUCUGUCCAGAUCGGUCAGGCCACCCAGUCCGACAGCGCUGCGAUGAAGACAAUCGCAUUCGCCACCCUGACUUUCCUCCCCGCGACGUUCAUCUCUGCCGUAUUCAGCAUGUCCUUCUUCAACAUCGACGACGAUACAGGAGAAUGGACCGUUUCAAACAAAUUCUGGAUAUACUGGGUCAUUGCGAUACCCGUGACAAUACUCACCGCUGCAGGGUGGUAUUCUCGACGGAUCAUCGCUCCGCCACUGCGGAUUGGAGAAGAGGAGCGGCGGGCAAAUAGGUUGAAAGAGUUGAAGAAACGUCUGGAGAAGUCUCGUAAGGAUGAUGAUGCUUUAGAGAUGGUGUAG